AGCCAGAGUGGAAGAAUUUUCAAGAGAAAAUGUAAACUGUCAAAGCUUCCUUCUUUUACUGAAGCUUUUGAAGUUUGAAUUCCCUUUUGUUGCCCAUUCUCUCUCAACAAUGCGAAAGAGGUUUCUGAGCAUCGUUUGCUCAAGCCCUCCAGGGAACUUUAGCCCAUUAUCCCAGUUCUUCUCAAGUCUCACGGACUCUGACCAUUUUCCCGAGAAAAUCGUUUCAACCUCCAAUUUUCCCGAGAAGACCCCCCUGGAAGCCCAAUCUCCUGAACCUCGUAGGAUUCCGUCGCAAAAUGAAGUCUUGGACACCCUCUUGCUCCACAAAGCGGACCCCAGAUCGGCGUUGGUGUUCUUCAAAAAAGUAGAGAGGCAACGAGGGUUUUUAAAAACCGUUGAUGUUUUGUGCUUGUUGCUUCAUAUUCUCUGUUCGAGCCCCGACACUCACGGAGAUGCCAAGUAUUUGCUCAAUAACUAUGUGUUUGGAGAUUCAGCCCCUAGUCCGAAGGUGCUAGUGGAACACUUGGUGGAGUGUGCGGGAAGGUACGGUUUUGAAUUAUCCGAUUCAAGGGUUUUCAAUUAUCUCUUGAAUGGUUAUGUUAGAGCUAAUAAGAUCACCGACGCUGUUGAGUGCUUUAGAACCAUGUUAGAGCACGGCGUGCUUCCUUGGGUUCCAGUUGUGAACAUACUUUUGACUGUCAUGGUUAGGAGAAACAUGGCUGACAAUGUGCACCAAGUGUAUGAUGAAAUGGUUGACAGAGAACUUUAUGGCGAUUGCUAUACCCUGCAUAUUUUAAUGCGUGCGUGUUUGAAGGGACAGAUGUUUUCGAAUGCUUGGAAGUAUUUCGAAAAUGGGAUUGGUAGAGGAUUGAAGCUUGACGCGGCUGCCUAUAGUAUUGUUAUUCAGGCUGUUUGUAGGGUCCCGGACUUGAAUUUGGCGUGUAAGCUGUUGAAGGAGAUGAAGGAGUUGGGAUGGGUGCCAUCUGUGGGUACUUAUGUGGCUGUGAUCGGUGCUUGUGUCAGGCGGGGGAAUAUUGUAGAGGCCUUGAGGCUCAAGGAUGAAAUGGUGAGUAACGGUGUGCCUAUGAAUGUAGUUGUUGCGACGAGCUUGAUUAGAGGGCAUUGUAUGCAAGGGGAUGUGAAUAGUGCAUUGCGGAUGUUUGAUGAAGUUGUUGAGGCUGGUGUUGCUCCCAAUGUGGCUAUUUUUUCGGUUUUGAUAGAUUGGUGUUCUAAGAUUGGGAAUGUGGAGAAGGCCGAUGAACUUUACACCAAAAUGAAACUCGUGGGCCUCCAACCCACUGUCUUUAUUGUAAGUUUUCUGUUGAAAGGAUUUCUGAAAAGGAACUUGCUAGAAAAUGCAUAUACAUUGCUUGAUGAGGCAGUUGAAAAUGGAAUUGCUAGUGUUGUUACAUAUAACAUUAUUUUAUUGUGGCUCUGUGAAUUGGGCAAGGUUAAUGAGGCUUGCAAUUUGUGGGACAAAAUGAUUGGUAAGGGUAUUACGCCUUCACUAGUUUCUUACAACCACAUGAUCCUUGGUCACUGCAAAGCAGGCUGCAUGGAUGACGCAUAUAAUGUGAUGAAUGAUAUUAUUAAAUCUGGCUUAAAACCGAAUGUCAUCACUUACACAAUUUUGAUGGAAGGAUUUUUUAAAAGGGGUGAUUGUGAUCAUGCUUUUGAUGUGUUUGAUCAAAUGGUGGCUGCAGAUAUUGUGCCUACUGGCUACACAAUCAACACAAUUAUGAAUGGCUUGUGUAAAGUUGGCCGAAUGUCUGAGGCAAAGGAUAAGUUGAACACUUUUAUCAAGCAGGGUUUUAUUCCCACAUCUAUGACCUAUAAUUGCAUCAUAAAUGGAUUUGUCAAGGAAGGUGCAAUUGAUUCUGCAGAGUCUGCCUAUAGGGAGAUGUGUGAAAGUGGAAUUUCACCUAAUGUCAUCACUUGUACUAGUUUGAUUAAUGGAUUUUUCAGAAGUAACAGGAUUGAUCUUGCUUUGAAAAUGUAUGAUGAUAUGAAAAACAAGGAUUUGGAAUUGGAUAUUACUGCAUAUAGUGCUCUCAUUGAUGGUUUCUGCAAAAUGAAGGACAUGGAAAAUGCAAGCAAAAUCUUCUCUGAACUUUUGGAGGUUGGUUUGACUCCAAAUACAAUUGUUUAUAACAGCAUGAUUAGUGGCUUCAGAAAUUUGAAUAAUAUGGAAGCAGCACUUAACCUGCACAAGGAAAUGAUAAAUAGUAAGAUUCCAUGUGAUUUGAAAAUAUACACCUCACUGAUUGAUGGACUUCUAAAAGAGGGUAAAUUAAGUUUUGCGUUAGAUCUUUACUCACAAAUGCUUUCCAUGGGUAUUGUCCCUGAUAUCUUCAUGUACACUGUUCUGAUAAAUGGACUCUGUAACCAGAGACAACUAGAGAAAGCGGGCAAGAUUCUGAAGGAAAUGGAUGGGAAUAGUAUAACUCCUACUGUUCUUCUUUAUAACACUUUAAUUGCUGUACAUUUUAAGGAGGGCAAUCUACAAGAGGCUUUUAGGCUGCAUGAUGAGAUGCUAGAUAAAGGUCUUGUGCCUGAUGACAUUACGUAUAAUAUUCUUGUAAAUGGAAAGUUAAAGAGAUCAUAUGCCCCGGUUGGAGUUUAAUUCACGCAAAAGGAUCCUGGGCUGCACUAAUUUUUCCAUUGGACUUUCUUGCAAACCGAGGUUUGCUGAAAGUUCUCAAAUGUUUUGAAAUUGGUGUCAUCUACAUGGAAAAAAUUGCCUUUUGCAACAAUUUCAUCAUGAUUCAUAUAAAGGAAAUUGUAGUUCUUUCAUUUUCAUAUAAAUGAAAUUGUAGUUCUUUCAUUUUUAUAUUAUGGGUUCAUUUACCAAUUUAGCC